AUGAAUCAAGCCGAACAACUUCCGGAAAAUGUCCCAACUUCUCCACCAAGAAUCAGAUGGAGACCAGCAAAUCAAGCGGUUAGUUUGAAAGGGGAGGAGAGGGGGGUGACCUAGAAAUCUAGGGGGGGGGGGGCUUAUGACCAGAAUGGAAGUACUCAACUUAAACUCACAUUGUUUAGUCCAGGCCCCAAACUUUCCAGAAUCCCUAAAUUCUUCAUUUUUCACCCAUUUUUAUUCCAGCAAAAUAUCGAUGACGAGUUUCAAGAAUUCAUUCAAAACUCUUGGAGAAAUAGUUUGAUUCGUAGAACUUUUGGAGAAUUCACUGUUACCAAGUUUAUGUUUGUCGCUUGGUUGUUGCUUUUCCAUGUAAGUUUUCAUUUUAAGAAUUCAUUUUUCUUCACACAAAACCUUUUUAUUUAGACUUGCUGUGGACUCCCAGAAGGAUUCACCCCGGAAGAAAGUGUGAACAAUGAACGAAUGAUUAAUGCUGUUUGAAUGAAAUUGAACUGACUUUUAGAUUUUUCAAACCACCUAAUGCGUUUUCCUACGCUUGAAUUUCUAUUGAUUUUUUUUAUCUCCCCAAUUCCCAAAAAUAUAUAUACUUUUUUGCAGGUUAUAAUGGAUAAUUCUGAAAGACCAAGAUUUAUAGUGAACCUUAGAGAUAUGCCAAGACUAUCGAAGAAAUAUAGAUACGCACAGCCGAGUUGGAAAAACACCAGAAAAGGACCGCCUUCAAGAUUCACCUACAUAUUAUAUCGCAAACAAAAUGCGCAAAGAGAAUCUCUGCAAAAUCUCUGGAAGAAAAGUUGGAUUCGAAGAACUUUUGGUGAAUCGUUUGUUCCGAAAAUCAUGUUUGUUUGCUGGUUGAAUUUCAAGCAGGUGAUUAUUUCAAAAAUAUAGAAAAAAUGACUUAAUAAAGAAUAAUUUUUUUCAGAUGUUCCGUGGAAUUUCAGACAAAUUGACCACCGGUGAAGCGGAAACUACACUUUAA